GAGAAGACAGACCGAUUUCAUGGCAGUUGCUGCAAACCGAAACCUACUGAGCAACCAAAGAGCACACCGAGUACCCCUUAAUUUACCAUUAAAACGGCUGCCUCCUGUCAACUGUUUGUAAGUUAUACGAGACAUUUUACUGUCGCAUGAUAAGCUUAUGUUAGCUAACACGUCUUCUAGCAGAGGAUAAGCCAGCGUUAAUGUGUUUACGACUGAAACGUUACACACCUAACGUGAAACACCGCACAAGUUCCCUACUCACUGUUGUCAAUGUCGUCUGAACUUGAGAAACCAGUCAACACUGAUGGAAUCAAGCCUGCAGAACACAGCUGGAAACUGAAUUAUGUGACUGGGAAUCUGUUCUCCUGCCCUGAGGACGACGCUCUUGCUCACUGCAUCAGUGAGGACUGCCGCAUGGGGGCAGGCAUAGCAGUGAUGUUCAAGAAGAAGUUUAAAGGGGUAGGAGAGUUAAAGGAACAGAAAAAGCUGACGGGACAGUGUGCUGUACUACAAAGAGACAGACGUUUUGUCUACUAUCUGAUCACAAAGAAAAAGGCCAGCCAAAAGCCAACCUAUGAUAGCCUGAGACAGAGCCUGGACGACAUGAAGUCACACUGUGCACUGAACGGAGUAACACGAAUAUCAAUGCCUCGUAUUGGUUGUGGCCUGGAUCGACUGCAGUGGGAAAGAGUAUCGGAGAUACUGGAACAGGUCUUCAAACACACAAACGUGUCCAUCACAGUCUACAGCCUUCCUGAGAAAGCAGAGACCACAGUGAUGAAGGAAAAGAUGUGUAGAUGAUUGAUGGAAAUGUUUGUUUAUUGUAAUAUGUAGUUUAUGCACUUUUCUGUAUCAUUCCCGCAGAAUAUAUGGCCGUGAUGAUAAUCUCUUUUCAGUGGGGAAAAAAAAAUUAUUUUAUAGAUGGCAUGGAAAUAAAUGUUCUUUUUUCACAUCAAAGUCAA